AACAGUUCAAAUUUAGAAGUGAUUGCUGUGAAACUUAUGAGUAUGGAAAUACUGUUAGCGGUCAAAUCCACCAUUGGUUUGGGGUUAUUUGAAUUUACAGUCUUUCUUCUGGUAGAUUCGUUUGUAAAAUCAUGUUUGCAAUCAAUAAAUGCUCGAAGCCACCGUUGUCUUAUUUGGGUGUGUGAAUCGCUUGUGUUGUUAUCGUUAUCUCUUCUCAUCUACACAGUUCAUCACGUACCAUACCUGCUUCUCAUACUCAGUUUUGUCACAUUCUUUUCUGCAGUCUUCCAAUAUUUUGAUGUUUUAAGUUCUAUUCAAACAUUUUUACAUGAAUGUUACAGGCGUUACAAUUGUUGUAAUGUUUGGAACAGUUCAUAUUAUAUGGAGACAGAAUCAGUAAACUCUCCAUCUGGAAUGGGUUCUUGCAGUCCACAAGUACGUGCACGGCCAACAAUUCGCAGAGUGAAGCAAUCUCCUAGUUCAAUUGAUCACUGUAUUUCGCCAAUUCGUAAUCGGAUAGAAAGUCCGACAAAUUUUACACCUAACAGUAUUGCACAAACAUCAACCCCACGAUCAGAUCAAACCUUGAGUGUAAAAUCCAAAUUGAAAUCUUGGGUUGGUAUCAAUCCCUAUGUAAAUCUACCACCAGGACUUCCAAAUCGAGGGAAUAACAUGUGUUUUGUUAAUUCAGUAGUUCAGUGCUUAGCACAUACAUCUCAUCUCGUUAAGUCGUUGAUCACAGAAGCAGAGGCAGAUUUUCACACACACACGAUUGAAACUCACUUUUUGAAAAGCUUUUCAGAUAUACUUGAGAAAUGCGCUGUCAUGCCUGGCUCAUCAGAUAAAAGCGUGGUUGAUAAUGUUCCGUUUUGUAAUGCGGUUUCAAACUUAGUGCCGCAUUUGGUUUCCAACCCAUGUCACGGGCCUCAGCAGCAACAAGAUGCUGCUGAAAUUCUACUCUGGCUACUUAGCAAAACAAAUGAUAUACUGAGCUUUAAACAUAAUAAACGCAGUGGCCGACAAACUAGGAGCAAUCGAACCAGUCUGAAAUCCUCUGACGCAAACAACUUCAAAUGGAGAAACAAAGUGAUAAAUAAAUUGCUGGAAAGUCAUUGCCACAAAGAAAUGGAUGUUUUGUUGCGAAUCAAGGAAGAAAAAAACUUGAAACUCACAAAGUGUGAAACAAUGCAUUCACUUUCCUGCAUCGAUUCAGUUAUCACAGUAUCUGACAUAGCCUGGGUGCAGUAUUGUCGAAACCACCCCACUGUGAUCACUGACCUCUUUGCAGGUCAGCUAGCGGAGGUUCGUCAGAGUAGUAUUACCAAUGAGGUAUCGUUUGGAACGCAGGCUUUUCACAUCUUACCUGUCCCUCUUGUAGAUCCGCGAAAAAUCUCAGGGCUUGUACAGUUACAGGAUUGCAUCACUGCCAUGGCAACUUUAGAUGAACUUGGCGGCAAUGGCUCCCAAGUUUCUAUACCUACUUUUAGUCAAAGUAGAUCAGAUAUUAUGAGCAGCAGUACAAAUAGCUCCAUCAUGGGCAAUUCUUUGUUCACUGACGGACAGUAUCAGACCAUUCUGCGCUUCCCGCCGAAUUGUUUGAUUCUUCAGCUGAACAGAUUCUAUUUUGACCAUGAUGAGAAAAUUGUUCGCAAGAUCCAUUCUCCAGUAAACAUCGUCCAUAAAAACCUGGACCUAUCUCCUUUAGCGUAUGACAAAAAAAAUGGAUGUUACAGUUCAGAAUAUCUGUAUGAUUUAUAUGCUGUUUGUGUUCAUGAAGGAGGUGGUAACACGCAGUAUGGACAUUAUUUGGCAUUGUGCCAAGCUGGAGAUGGAAAAUGGUAUAAAUUUGAUGACGAACACGUAACCCAGAUCAAUGUUAAUUACGAAUGCAGCUCGCUGUCCAUCCGAGAGGGAGCAUACUUGCUGUUUUACAAACGCCAAUCUGAUAUUAAGUAAUAUACAGUAGUAUAAAGCUUCAGUAAUACUCAUUGUGGAGUGGAGUAUAACUUGUGGAUAUUGGUAUAAAGAGGCUUGCUUUGUACAGUAAUUCUUGGACCAUUAGACUACAAGGCAAGCAUUUUGUGAUCCAAGCAACAUGGGCAGGGCUGGAAAAAGUCUGCAGCUUGUUGGAGGCAUCAUGAACGUCACAUAGGCAUUUUUUGGGUAAAAAUUCCAAAAAGUAAACUGUUGGGCUAUAGUGUACAGAUACACACUUUAUAGUGUACAUGGUACAGAUAACAUGGAGAUGUGGUGGAGGCAUUUUAUUGGACAAUUGUCAUGGUCAAAGGGACAAACAUUUUUUUUCCCCCAGGGCUGACCAUGGGAUUACAAGAUGCUUGCCUUGUAAAUCCAUGGUCCUUGGUUCAAUUUCUGUCACAGCAGGAAUUUUUCUCACGACUAAAUGUCAUAUGUUAAAGAGACUUGGUUUUAAUCAUCGUCCAUUCCUGUUGAUUGCGAUUGAAUACUGUAUCUCAUUGCUUGUCUUCUACUGUACCUCCGUGGUUGCAGUAUUUGCUGCGAAGCAGCCAAUUCAUAUUCUUGACAGCAAUUUGACCUCUGAAAGGUCAUUGUUUGUCAAAAAACCUGCGCCUAAGACUACUGAAAAGCGGAGUUUCCUUCUUUCGUU